AAGAUCCUGAAUUUAACAAUGAAUUAUGCAACCUCACAGACUUGUCUGAGCUCCCAGAUAAACCAACGGUCAAAAUCAUCCCUAUCAUUGAGCUUGUACCAGUCCCUGGAGGUUCUGAAUUAUGUAGUGACACAGGCAGCCAAGCAGACACCGAGAUCCUGUCCAUCUCUUUGGAUAGAAGUUCUCAGUGGCCAGCGGUAUUUGAAAUUCCAAAAUUUCAAGUCGAUGUAGAUUAUAGACUACGCCAAGGUAACCUGCAGUAUUUCAGGGAUGCAACCUUUCUUAAAGUCACAAAAGAACUAAAGCAUGACAUACUCGAGAAAUUGGCUGAGACCAUGUAUGCAUUUAAAGCAUACCCAACAAAGGAAGAUUUUGAGACUGUUGCUAAGGCUUUAGUGCAAACACACCCAUGCCUUAAAGAAACUGGGUCACACUCUGGCUGGAAUGGUUGGAAGAAUAGCCUUAAGUUCAAAAUGGGUAAUUAUAGAACCAAAAUGCGGCAGCUGGGUCGACUUGAUGUUACUGUCAAUGGUGGCAAGCGAAGAAGUGACACUACAAAUGGCGAUCCUGCAAACACACAGAUCAAGAAGCCAAAGAAAGGGGAAAUAAAUUUCCUGCCUGAUUUUCCAGAGGGGAUGACUGACCAAAACAUGGAAGUAGCUCGUGAGGUUCUGGUCAAUGAAAUGAUGAAGACAAAGCCAAAGGAAUCCCUGGUUAAGAAAGAGAUGGAUGUGACGUUUGCUUUUCGCAGAAAGGAGAUUGUCAAUGAGAAGCCUGCCAUCAGCCAGGUGGUGCAUCGUUGGCCAGCUCUUUUUACAGAAAAUCAGGUUUAUUAUGAAUUUGGCAGAGUGGUAGGGAAAAAUCUCAGAGAGAACUUCUUGGAUGCACUUGACAAUUUGUCUCCAAGCCUCAUGGACCUCUUCAAAAAGAAGAAAGGCCUUACUGGUCAGCUUUUGGCUGAACUUUUAUACCAGACAAAGACAACUGAGCCAACAGACGUCAGAUGCCUUUGUCUUCGGGGACUGCCGGUCACCUUGGGUGAUGAUCCUUCUGCCUUCUUCAAGACCUGCUUUGACACAGCUGACAAUGACUUGUACAGGCAAACUCCAGUGGGAUUGCUUUUCAUUGGUGAAGAGAACCUUAAGCUGAACCCAUCCAAAGUGGGAAUCAUCUUGGAAGGGAAUGUGGUGAUGGAUGAUCUGGCCAACCUUCCUCAGGCCUUCUAUGUCCUUUUUGGACUGAUAUAUGCCCUGCACCUGGACUAUCCCAGAUACAUGAAAAACACUUUUUGCUUUGUUCAGCAGGUGAUGUUUAACCUGGGUAAAAGUGAGCUGCCACCAAAAAUUCAGACUCUGAAAAACCAACUUGCAGUGUAAAGAGGUGUUGUUACACUAUUUCUCCAGAUAGGAGAAAGAUUGUUUGUUCUUUUAGAAAAGGGACUUAUUUGCACUGUUAUGCACUUUUUUCUAUUUAUGUAAUUGGACUGGCACUGAUAUGUCUGGUUUUGAUUCAGAUUAACAAACCAAAAACUGAGGAAAACAGUUUGCAGUGUUAA